AUGGACGAAAAAUUGCGCCGUCCGCGGGCCUGCGAAAACUGCAGGGCCCUCAAGGUCAAGUGUCUGCCCAGCGACUCGGCAGAUCCAGGUGGGCCUUGUGCCCGAUGCGCGAGGUUCAACAAGGAGUGUGUGGUGAAUAAUGCGCGACGAAAGCGGCGGCCCAAGACGCGCAGCAAGAUUGCGGAGCUCGAGGAGAAGCUGGAGAUGCUCAGCCGAGGCCUUCAGGUCUCCGAAGCCUCAGCCGCGGCUGCAGGCGCUCCCCAAGGUCAGCCCAUGAUCCACCAACCCUUACAACCACAGCCACAACCACAGCAACAGCAACAGCAACAGCAACAGCAGACGCAGCCACAACAGCAUCAGUUACCUCCGCAGUCUCUGCCGCAACCAGGACCCAUGGGCCAUAUCAUGUCUAUAGGCCAGGGCCAUGGCCACAUGCAAUCGCCGCAGAUGCACGGACAAACGCCUCCUAACGGUGGCAUCCCCCCUCAGAUGCCGAUCAAUGGAAUUGCAGGCAUGCUGAACCCGUCUCCCACAACGCAGUCGGAACGAACGCCAGAAAGCUCUGGAACCCCGACCUCAGCAUCGUCCUUCUCAGUCCGAAACAAAGACCUGCAACCAAGACUCCCAGCAGCUGCAGACCGACUGUUCAGAGAAGUCCAGAACUCGUCAGGUAACAAUCCCCGAAACCUCCAGACCGGAAUCGAUGGCGUGGACGAGAAGCAGAAGACGCUGGCGACAUGGAACGCUCUGGUUCAGCUAAGUGCAAAGAGAACAGAGCUCAUCCACAGCACUACUCAUGCAUACUGCGGUCAGUUAGGACCUCAUAAUGAUAUCAUUGCGAGAGGAGUCAUUACCCAAGAGGAGGCGGAUAUGAGACUGCAACAGUACAGAUCCGUUUUGCAGUGCCUGUAUGGUAUUGUGGUGAUUCCAGAUGACUGUUCGGUAGACGAGCUUAGAUCAACUAAGCCGUUUCUAUUCUUGGCUAUCAUGAACUCGUCUUCCAACGCUAUUCUCGGACCCAAAUUCCAAAACACAUCCAUCGAAAUCAAUGUGGAAUGCUACAAAAGUAUUACCUCAGAAAUCAUGGUUGUAGGAACCAAAUCGUUCGAGCUGGUGCAGUGUCUGGCUCUCAUGAUGAUCUGGUACAACAACUGCGAGCUUGCGUUCAACCAAAAGUACCACCUGCUCAUCUCCAUGGCCGUUUCAAUCGCCAAUGAUAUUGGUAUCAACGACGGCCCCUUCACGCGAGUGUCUUCCCUUGACUCUUAUGAAUCCAUCAUGAGACCCAACAUUGUCAUGGAUCCCAAGUCGCGAGAGUGUCGAAAACUGUGGCUCGUCAUCUACUUCCAGCAGGUAAAUAUGUCCUCUCUGUUGAAGAAACCUGUCACAAUCACAUGGAAUGCCUAUCUGCAGGAAUGCUGUGACCUCUUUUCCACACCUGAUUCAACCAUUAAUGAGAUCAGAUGUGCCAAGCUGGCCAAAGUGUUCAAGGAGUUGGAAGAUAUGAUGGCCAUGCUUAGAAGUGAGGAUUACAAGAAGCCUCUGGAUAUCAAUGAUGAACGUACUCAGCGGCUGGUCAAGCAUUUCGACCGUCGAAUCGACGAGGUGUUCACCUUUGACAAGCGAGGGUUCCCAAUUGAUCACGUUCUCGAGUUGUUCAAAUCUUCUCUCAAGAUCUCUCUGCAUGAACUAUCUCUGUUGACGAACGUGUCACCCACUGUUCCUCGAACGCCCUUCUCCGAGUUUGGUCUGAACAUCUUCGAUCUCAAACUGACCCCCGCAGUGAUCAAUAGUGCCAUGGCCACUGCCGAUGCGGUGCGAACAUCCCUGGAGGGAUUCUCGGAGCUCUACACAAUGCAGAUUCUGUCGUCGAGUACUCUCUACCUUGCUCGAAUGACUUAUUGUGCUACUACUGCACUCAUGCUUCGAUCAUGUGCCCUACUGCACCCCAAAUUUGGUGAUCUGAUUGAGACAGAGUACCCUCUUCAGCUGAUUCAGAAGAUCAUCAGCAACAUGAAUGAUGUGGUUGACCAGGCAGGCUGUUGUAGUCACGUCCUUCACUUCAAGUUCAUUCUUCAUCUGCUUCUGUUUUACUUUGACAGGCAAAUGAAGACAUGGUACGACUUGAUGGAGGCCAAGAACGCCAUUUCACCCCGAGACACCGAAGUGCCUGAAAUCCUGGCUGCCCCCAUUGAUAACAUCGGAAACUACGGUAUUCCGGAAAGUGUAUAUAGAACCUUUCCCCAGCUUGUGUCUGUGGAUAUGGAUGGUGUAAUCCCCUUUGAGUACUCGUCUUGGCUUCUCUCCGAGCAGUAUGAGGCUCUCUAA